AUAAUCCCCUUCAAGCUCCCCUUCCAAUGGAAGAAUCCUUUCACUUCCCUCUAAAACCAUCCCUUUCUCUUUCUAGUUUUCAACUUUUCAUAACUUAAGAUUCAUCUGUUUCUCUCUCCUUCUGUUUAGUGAUGUGUGUGAACCCUCGUAGCUUUCCCACAUCAACAUUAUUCUCAUAAUCGCUUUUUUUUUUCUUUUUUUUUUUUUGCCAUAAGCCAUAGAUUUUCACCUUUUUUUUAUUUUUAUUUUCCAACUCAUUCUUUCUUUUGCCAAAAAGUAUGUUACUGUGACUUCCCACAAAAAAAUCAUCUUUCCAGAAAGCUGAAGGUAUGGAGGAUCCCAGAGUUUGUGAUGGUUCAAAUAUGAAUAAUGUUCUGUUCAAGAAUGAAAAGCUCCUUUGCUCUUCUGAAGUUCUUGAUUCUCUCUGGAUUACCGAUUCUUCCCCUUCUUUUCAUGGAUCUACAUCCAUGGUUAACUUCGAAAAUGCAGAGAGUUCAUUUUUCCCACAGAUUGAUAAAAAAGAAAAUGGCAAUGAUGAUUACGAUGGAUGCUUUCACCAGUCGGAGAAGAAAAGGCGGCUCACGCCCGAUCAGGUUCAGUUUCUUGAGAAAAGUUUUGAGGUGGAAAAUAAGCUCGAACCAGAGAGAAAGCUCCAGCUUGCCAAAGAACUUGGACUGCAACCUAGGCAAGUUGCAAUUUGGUUCCAAAACCGUCGAGCCCGUUACAAAACGAAGAACUUGGAGAAAGAGUAUGAUUCUUUGAAACAAAGCUAUGAUAAACUUAAGGCAGAUUAUGACAGCCAUUUCAUAGAGAAUGAGAAACUGAAAAUUGAGGUCCGAAUGCUCACUGAGAAGUUGCUUUCGAGGGAUAAAGUUAAGCGAAAACCGGAACCUUUGGAUAAUGCAGAACCAAAGAAGCCAAAUUUAGGCCAUGUCUCUCCAAUAAUACCAGAUGCUAGUUCUGCGAAAAGUGAUGUUUCUGACUCGGACAGUUUGCAUUACACCGAUCGACCCAAUUCAGCAUUGCUUGAACCCGUUGAUUCUUCUCAGGUUUUUGAGCACGACCCUUCUGACUUUUCUCAAGAUGAAGAUGAGAGUUUAAGCAGAAGUCUUCUUCUGUCAUUCCCAAAAAUUGAAGCUGAAUGUUAUGAUGAUCUACAACCAAAUCCAUGCAAUCUGGGAUUCCCUGUUGAAGCUCAAGGCACAUGGUUCUGGCCUUAUUGAGUUUCAAAUUGCCACAAUUAUGUCUUUUUGUUUACAACUUCAUCUCAUGUUAUGCAGUAAUCUCUUGUGAAUAAGAUUAGAAUCAAUAAUUAAGCCUUUUGGUUUCUUCCCGGAUGUUCAUUACCGGCCUCGACGUUUGCUCGAAAAAAUACAAGGCUGUGCCUUUCUCAGUUGAGAAUUA